AUGAAGGACAAAAACCCUGCUACUUCAGUGGAGAUUCUCCGGCAGUCUCUGGUUAAAGGUGGAGAAAGCAGAAGUACCUUUGUGCCUCCUACAUCAAUUGAACAAGCUGAUGAGCUAAUAAAUGAGGAGCAUCUCAGUCUCCUUGAGCAUGAUAAUGCUAAAUAUCCUCUUGACGAACAAACUCAAAGAGAGAAAAGGAAAGGGAACAAACGUCAGACGACUGGGGUAGCUUUCAUUCCUGAAAUUGAAGGUUUCGAUGAGCAUGAACUGAAAGAGGCAAGUUCUAUGGUUGAUGAGGAGAUUCAGUAUCUUCGUGUGGCCAUGGGACAUGAGAAUGAAUCUUUUGUGGAUUUCGUGAAGUCACAUGAUGCAUGCCAAGAGGACCUUAUGUUUUUCCCGAUGAAUAACAGCUAUGGUCUUGCCAGUGUUGCUGGAAAUGCUGAUAAAAUUUCUGCUUUGCAACACGAGUUUGAAAUUGUGAAGAAGAGAAUGGAUGAUGAAGCAAAGAAAGCUUCUCGUCUUGAACAGAAGAUCAAACUGCUGACACAAGGAUACCAGGCACGGGCUGCAAAAUUGGGAUCACAGAUCCAAGACACGUUCAAGCAGAUGAAUACUGCAGCAACGGAACUUGAAUGCUUCCAAGAGUUACAAAAACAAGAACAGAUGGCUGGUGCCUAUCGUGUGAGAAAUUUGGCUGAAGAAGUGAAUAAACAGAAAGCAUUAGAACGUACUCUCCAAAGCCGCUAUGGUGAUCUGUUGUCUGGUCACCAGAGGAUCCAGGAACAAUUGGCGGAGUACAAGAAGCAACUUAAGCUGCAGGAGGCGGCAAUGGAGGCAGAAAGACGUGCUAAAGAGGAGGCAGUAGAGGCAGAAAAACGUGCUGAAGAGGAGUCAGUACAGGGAGAAAAAUGUGCUAAAGAGGAGGCAGUAGAGGCAGAAAAACGUGCUAAAGAGGAGGUAGUAGAGGUGGAAAAACGUGCUGAAGAGGAGGCAGUCGAGGCAGAUAAACAUGCUAAAGAGGAGGAAGCCGCAGCUCAAAAUCAUGCUGCUGAGGAAGAAAAUGAGAAAAAAAAGUCCAAGUGUUGA